AUGACCCGCGACAUCUAUCCCAAGGAAAUGGAAGCCGACCACAAGGCUUUCCUCCAAAGCUUCUUCGCGGCUGUCGACGACGCAGCCGACGAGGACCUGGUCAACUACUUCACCGACGACGCAACAUUCAUCCUCGGCAAGCAGCAGGCGACCGGACGACAGGAGUUGCUCGCGCUCUUCGCCUCGCUCCGGGCCUGGGCAAGCACGCGCGGCCACGAGCUGGAUCAAGUUUUCAUGGCGCCGGGCACUGACUCGGCCAUGAUGAAGGGCACCGUCGAGUAUGGGCUUGUUACCGGCGGGACGGUCGCGACCCAGUGGGCCGGGUGGGCUCACCUGGUGCGGGGGGACUCGGUGCGCAUUGAUCGCUACCAAAUCUUCUUCGCCAGCGAUGCGGCCUUCUGA